UUCUUCACAUUGAUAAAAAGAUCACUCGAUGACUUUGUCUCCCACCCUUUCUCUUUUAUCCUCCACAAAAGGGUCAUUCAAAACUUAUCAUCCCCUUCCCAAACCCUUUUUUCCAUUUCCCAUCAGAUGUCUAAUGACAUCUCUCCGGUACCUCAUUCCCCUCCGCCGCCUCUCCCCCCCGAGAGCUCGUCAUUGCGGGUCCAGAUGGUGCCAAAGUCGGUCUCCGACCAGCUCCUCCAGAAGUUCUUCGACUCGUCCGAGUUCGACUUCGACUACGAGCAGAGCGGGUUGUGGUCUCCUCCCGUGAGGAGGAACGUGUUCUUGAGCUCCCCCGGAAACAUAUUCACAGAGCGCGAGAUCGGCAAGAUGAACGCCAAGCUCAAAAGCUUAAUGGACGUCAAGCGCCACCGGCGACGGCACAAACUUUGGUUUAUGGCACUAUGGUGCUUAAGAGGAUAAUGUCAAACUCUCCUCUCCUUUGCUGUUUGCUUUAGGGAUAGACUGUAUGGAAAGUAGCAAAACCUCUUCUUCCUAUUUUCCCUGUACUAAUGCAAUCUCAAAAGAACAUUGACAUUAGCUGAGCGACUAAGUGAAUAGGUACUAAUUAUGUUCAAAAUGUAUUUAACUUCACCAAAAAUUACCCAAUACAAUUGUCAAUGAACU